AUGAACAUAACACUUACUGAUGAAGGAGACCUAGAUGCCAAGUGGACCUACGACACAGGUGCCAAUGUGUCCAGCCAGUUCUCAAGCGAUUGGGGUGGCGUUCUUAUCACUCCUGGUGAUAGUAGUGACGACGAGGAAGAUGAUUGGGUUGGCGUCUGCGUCUCUGGUGAAGAUGAAGAGGAGUUUGUACUUCAAUCCGUUCCAAGGGUGGAUCAGAGAGAACCAGAACCACCAGUCAAAAAGAUUUCAAAGCUGCAACUGGAAUUCGUCAGUCCCAAGUUGCCGGAAAUUGCCGAAGACAAAGAGAUUGCGAACAGCCCCGUUACCGCUUCCACUUGCCGAGACUCCAUAAGCAGCCAUGACAGUGGUACUUCGCCCCCUCCUGCUCCCAAAUCGCCAUCUGCGCAAAACGUAAUGUCUCCCAUGGAACGAGCAAGACUUGCCUUGUCCAAAAGGGAGCUUACCAAAAGUGCACGUUCACAGCAAAAGGCAUCCUUGAAGCUUUCUUUGGACAUGAUGGCCUUUACCGGUUCAACUCUGGAUAUGUAA